AUGGAGUGGCUGCGCGGGAAAUGCAUCGGCAAGGGCGCCUUCGGCACGGUGCACCUCGCCGUGGACACGGCCACGGGCCGCGCCUUCGCCGUGAAGUCGGUGGACGCGAAGAGCGCGCCGGCGGCGGCCAUGGCGUGCCUGGAGAGCGAGAUAAGGAUCCUGAAGCGGCUGAGCUCGCCCCACGUGGUGGCGUACCUCGGCGAUGACGGCGCGACGGGGGCGACGAGGAACCUGCACAUGGAGCUGGUGCCCGGCGGCAGCGCCGCGGAGGCGGCGGCGACGCACGGGGGCCUCGGUGAGCGCGGCGCGCGCGGCGUCCUGCGGAGCGUGGUCGCCGCGCUGCGGUACCUGCACGAGGAGGCCGGCGUCGUGCACGGGGACGUCAAGGGCCGGAACGUGCUCCUCGGCUGCCGCCGCGACGCCCAAGGCUGCGGCGGCGCGAAGCUCGCUGACUUCGGCGCGGCGAGGCUGGUCUCCGACGCCGCGACGACGCCCCGCGGGCCGCGCGGGACGCCAGCGUGGAUGGCUCCGGAGGUCGCGCGCGGCGGCGCGGCGACGCCGGCGUCGGACGUCUGGUCCCUGGGCUGCACCGCGCUCGAGCUGCUCACGGGGAAGCGUCCGUGGUCGGAGCUCGGCGGCGCCAGCGAGGUCGGCGAGCUGCUGCUCCUCGUCGGGUUCGGCGGGAAGCGCCCCGCGAUCCCCGCGUGCCUGUCGGACGCGUGCCGCGAUUUCCUCGACAAGUGCCUCCGCCGCGACGCGGCCCAGCGGUGGAGCUGCGAGCAGCUGCUGCGCCACCCGUUCCUUUCCACGGACGCUGGCGACGACGCCAGGGAGCCGUGGCCAUCCCCGUCCCCGUCUCCAUCUCCGUCGCCUCGGGCGGUCCUCGACUGGGCCCCGUCGGAUUCCUCGGACUCCGAGGCGCUGGACGACGCGGAGACCGAGAGCAAGCACGAGGUCAUGGCGCGCGCCAAGGGGCGGGUCGCCGAAUUGGCCGCAAAUGGGCCGCGGACUAGCUGGGACUGGGAAGAAGUGGAGUGGGGGACCGGGGCCACCUGGGCAGCCGACACCCGGGCCCCACCUCCACCUCCCAGUUCCGAGGCGCCAAGAAACGGCAACGCAAGUGCGCCCGUACCCAGCGCCGCCGCCUUCUCCGACGGCCGUGAUCGUGACGUCCUCGUCCUCGUCCUCGUCCUCGGCAGCGGCAGCGGCAGCGGGCUCCGCUGUGGCCAUACCCGUCCUGGUUGUCACAGUCACCGCUGUCGGUAUAAAUGCGGGUUUGGGGUGGAAGAAAAGAAAACAGGACGCUUAUUCUGGAAUUGCAAAAGGGCAUUUCCAUGUUGCCAUUGCCAUGGUGGUCUGGAUUCUGAACUGGCCCAGAAUGACAGGAAAUGCAGCUGGCAAAAUGCCAGGCAGAAGCGUGCUGAUACCACGGCGAAGCAGAGCAGACACAACUGCUGUGCUGAGUACCACGCCGAAGCAGAGCAGACAGCAGAGUCGCAGGCUCCCACAGCAGCGCGUGAAUGCGUGACUCUGAAAUCUUUGCAGCACAAAGAUUUUGUUCCGAUCGGGUCUGUCCGUACCACACGACGCACGUACAUGAAUCGCAAAAUUCCCUUGCUGAAAAACAGCAGCUGGGAAGGAAGCAUCGGCAUCCCGUUGGGCCGUGCCAUUCUUACCCGUCGUAAGGCGCGCGCAACCACCGCCAUCAAUGGGUGGCUACGGGUAUCACAUAUUCGCGCUGAAAACAUGUGUACCCGCGCUACAAUGCGCAUCAAUCUCAAUCUCAGCCCAUGGAUGGGAAGGGAUCACACAGCUGCGAUACACCAACAGCUUACUGUCACCUCGCCCUGUCCCUGGACAAAAGUGACUUCAAGACGAUGUGCCGGUACCACGGAUGGACGCGAGCCAAGUACGCAGGGGAUCCACGCGUUCAUCACGUUCCGGCAUCAUGGAAGAUAUGCACACCAAUGCCAUGGGCCCAUGGAGGUUGUGGUCGCGCCAUGGCCAUUGGUUGCUGAUGGCAACGGCAUGAGGCUGGAUCCGUCCCGUACUGAGCCGUAG